AGCCAGAUUUGUCGUAAGCUUGGAGUUGGGGGAGCUUUUAUGGAUUAAUUGAAUGCUGCCAGUGUACAUAGCAACAACAACAAUAACAAAGCACUCAAGUUUCUUCAAAUUCAGAUUCAAUCUUUCGGCCAAUCUCUCAAGUAACAAUCAAACUUUUUCUAUAGUCGAUUCAACACUACCUACUGUCGAUAACCACUCUCAAGCUCAUCUUAUGGAGUCCUCAUUACACGGAGUUUGGGAAAGUGCCGUUGGCAAUCCCUUUAUCCCUACAGUUGGAAAAGAUAGCCAGUUCACCUUGGGAUUCUCUUUAUUGUGUAUAGGAGUUCUUCUUUCUGGAUUGUUUGGACUCAGUACGCGUCUCAAUAUCAUAAUACCACGCUUAGACUAAUCAUUCGCUUUAGAUCGAUCAGCUCUUACUGUGCCUUUACUUGGACUCCCUGCCUCAGCAGCCAUUGCGUAUGUUAUAUUCGAAAUGUACCCUUUUGUACAUAUACUGAUAUCAAGUAGGUUCGGCUCGGUUUACAUGAUUUGCGCCGUCGGAGUUUAUGUUUAAGAUACCCCUCCAUCGAAACGAACAUACUACUUUACUAUAUUUUUGUACAAUAGCUGGAUGAUAGGAAAAGCAAAGGAAUUUAAUAAA